CGCAAGUUUCCAUUAAACUACACUCGGAAACUUAGGUAGGGGCGGGCGUGCUGACGUCCUGCGCAAGUCGGUGAGCGUCUGAGCAGCGCGCGCUGUAGUUGGCUUCCCCGGGGCUAGUAGAGCUGCCAGGAAGUCUCUGUCCCUCCCAGGUGGACCUCUCCGUGAGCUGAUUAAGUAUCUUCACUCCAUGACAGCCAACUUCCUUCAGAAUACUUUUGUCAUUCAAAGUUGAACAUGGCAGAAGAAGAGGACUAUAUGUCUGAUUCCUUCAUUAAUGUCCAAGAAGAUAUUAGACCAGGAUUGCCAAUGCUGAGGCAAAUCCGAGAAGCCCGUCGAAAAGAAGAAAAGCAACAAGAAGCUAAUCUGAAAAAUAGGCAGAAGAGUUUAAAAGAAGAAGAACAAGAAAGACGUGACAUUGGGUUGAAGAAUGCCCUAGGCCAUGAAAACAAAGGGUUUGCUUUGCUCCAGAAGAUGGGAUAUAAAAGUGGUCAGGCCCUUGGCAGGAGUGGAGAUGGUAUUGUUGAACCAAUUCCUCUCAAUGUCAAAACAGGAAAAAGCGGCCUUGGUCAUGAGGCGUUAUUGAAACGAAAAGCAGAGGAAAAAUUAGAAAGCUAUCGGAGAAAGAUUCAUAUGAAAAACCAAGCUGAAGAAAAAGCCGCAGAACAGUUUCGAAUGAGACUUAAGAAUAAGCAAGAUGAAAUGAAGCUGGAAGGAGAUCUUAGAAGAAGCCAGCGAGCCUGUCAACAACUGGAUACGCAGAAGAAUAUUCAGGUUCCCAGGGAGGCCUGGUACUGGCUGAGGGUUGAAGAGGAGGCUGAAGAAGAGGAAAAGGAAGAAAAUGAACAAGAUGAAGAUGAAUAUGACAGUGAAGAUUUAAGUGUACUGGACAAAUUACAAAUAUUGACUAGUUAUUUAAGAGAAGAACAUCUGUAUUGUAUUUGGUGUGGAACAGCCUAUGAAGAUAAAGAAGACCUGUCUUCAAAUUGCCCGGGACCAACUUCUGCAGAUCAUGACUAAGAUUAUUCUCAAUAAAGUAGAAAUUUGGAAAAUGCUGUUGCUGUUGUUUCCUAGUCAGUUGAGCAGUUAGAAUUCCCAGCUUUUUUGUGCCUUUUGGUUGUUGUUAUUUUGCUCCGUGUGUAUUUUAGAAGUAGUUUGUUCUUUAGAAUGUAAUUGUUCACUAACUUCAAUAAAGUAAUGGAAUGCUAUUUCCAUUAGACAUGGGCCACUACAA